CGGCGCGCCUACAGACCCGCGCCCCUGCCUCGCUGCUCGCAGCUCGCUCAUCCACGCACCGCGCCGCGCUGCUGCGGCAGGUGCCCCAGGCGUCCUGAAGCGCGGUGGCCGCCAUCGAUGACCCGGGCCACGGAACUGCUCCAGCCCGGCCACCCCUUGUCUUGUGUCAUCGUCUGUCCUUGGCAUUAAAUCAUGGGGAGGAAGCUGGACCUGUCUGGUCUGACCGAUGAUGAAACAGAGCACGUUCUCCAGGUGGUUCAGCGAGACUUCAGUCUUCGAAAAAAAGAGGAAGAACGGCUAAGCGAGAUGAAACAGAAGCUGGCAGAGGAAGGCAGCAAGUGCAGCAUCCUCUCGAAGCACCAGAAAUUUGUGGAGCACUGCUGCAUGCGCUGCUGCUCGCCUUUCACCUUCCUGGUCAACACCAAGCGCAGGUGUGCCGACUGCACGUUCAACGUCUGCAAGAGCUGCUGCUCCUACCAGAAGCGCGAGAAGGUGUGGAUCUGCUGCGUCUGCCAGCAAGCCAGGCUUCUGAGGACCCAGUCUCUGGAAUGGUUCUACAGUAACGUGAAGAGCCGCUUCAAACGCUUUGGCAGCGCCAAGGUCUUGAAGAACCUGUACCGGAAACACCGGCUGGAGAGCGGGGCGUGCUUCGACGUUCUAGGAGGAAACUUUUUCGAGGCAAACCUGGAGAAUGAAGGAAGUAUUUCGGGCAGUGAUUCAACAUUUUAUAGACAGUCAGAAGGACGCAGCAUGAUGGACACCUUGGCUGUCGCCCUGCGGGUGGCUGAAGAGGCCAUCGAGGAGGCGAUUUCCAAAGCAGAAGCCUACGGGGACAGUCUGGACAAGCAGAACGAGGCCAUCUACCUGCGGGACCACAAGGAAGAGUUGACCGAGGAACUGGCCACAACUAUCCUGCAGAAGAUCAUAAGGAAACAGAAGAGCAAAGGCGAGCAGCAAAUGGAAGAAGAGCCAGAGUGGUUGCCGCCCCAGAGCUGCAUGGCCGAGGCAGCUGACCGGGGGACCGCCACACCCCCAGGAGGCCCCCGAGCUCCCUGCCCCCUCUGGCAGUCCCAGUCUGCGUUCUCACUCCGCAGAGAGGAUGCCCUGAAGCCCCCUUCCCUGGAGGCUUCAUCGAGACCGCGGAGGAGCCAGGCCCAGCCACCUCGGGAGGAGGCAACCUUGCCCAGCUGGAAGAGCACGGACAGGCUGGACGAGACAAACCUGGCCGAGGUUUUGCAGAGCCCCGAUGGGAACUGGGUGGCCCUGAAGGAUGGUACUCUGCCGCCCACCCGCCUGCUGGCCAAACCUAAGAGUGGCACGUUCCAGGCCCUGGAGGCAGCCUCCAGCGUGGCCUCUGCCUACGACGAGAUGGGCUCUGACAGCGAGGAGGACUUUGACUGGAGUGAGGCCUUGAGUACACUGUGUCCACGGACCCGAGGCCAGCCCAGGAACCCCCAGCCUCUGCCCACACAGGCCCAGAGCUUCCACCAAGGCCCAUCAGCCGCCAACUCUGGGCUCUCUCCGAACCCCGAGGCCAUGUGCUCCGACUCGGAGACCUCCUCUGCAGGCUCUUGCCGGGAAGCUGGGUGCCGGGCAAGACUGUCCUGGCUGCCGAGGAAGGCCCCCAGGGAACCCACAGCAGAGAAGCUGCGCCUGCAGGGAGAACUGGACGUGAACUUCAACCCCCAGGCCCCCAGCAGGGAGACCUCAGACAGCAGCGAGCCUGAAGAGGCCCCCUACACCAUGGACCGGAAGGCCAGGAGGUGGAGAAGGGCCCGCGUGGGCUCCAAGGAGCCAAGUGAGGAAUUGUCUUCUCCCAACGCCCAUUCCCAGGGGCUGGACAUACAACAGGUGUCGGGUGAUUUGUCAGAGACUGACCUCAGUAAUGAACCUCAGCAACCUCGGACCAGCGUGGCCACCACCGAGGAGAAACUGAGAAACAGGCUGUAUGAGUUAGCAAUGAAAAUGAGUGAGAAGGAGACGUCUUCGGGAGAAGAUCAGGAGUCAGAGCCCAAGACGGAGUCUGAGAACCACAAGAAAAGUCUGUCCUCUGAAGACAACAGCCAGGGCGUCCAGGAAGAGCUGAAGAAGAAGUAUUCUGCUGUUUCUCUCUGCAACAUCUCCACAGAAGUCUUGAAGGUCAUCAAUGCCACAGAGGAGCUGAUAGCAGAGUCCUCAGGGCCCUUGGAGUUCCCACCUGUUCCUCCUGACAGAGAGAAGGGGACAUUUCCUCUCGGGAUAGACCAAGUGAGACUGGAUGAGCAGCUGACUUCCCUGGAAGAAAACGUGUACCUGGCGGCAGGCACCGUGUACGGACUGGAAGGCCAGCUGAAUGAGCUGGAGGAUGCCGCCCGCUGCAUCCACAGUGGCACCGAUGAGACCGAGCUGGCAGAUCUGGAGGACCAGGUGGCCACGGCGGCAGCCCAGGUCCACCAUGCUGAGCUCCAGAUUUCUGAUAUCGAGAGCCGGAUUUCAGCUCUGACCAUUGCCGGAUUAAACAUAGCACCGUGUGUGCGCCUCACGAGAAAACGAGAUCAGAAGCAAAGGAACCAGGUACAAACCAUAGACACAUCAAGGCAGCAGAGAAGGAAACUGCCUGCCCCACCAGUGAAAGCUGAAAACAUGGAGGCAUCUUCAGUGACCACCACGAAAACAUUUAACCGCAACUUCGUUCUCCAAGGCUCCUUGACAAACAGGACUAAUGAAAGGAAAAACACCACCAAGGAUUUGAUGGAGCCCACUCUGGAGUCAGCGGUGAUGUAUUAGCGCCCCGGGACUCCACUGCCAAUGACCCACUGCCUCCGGCCGUACACGACAGUGCCUUGACCCCACAGCCAUCAAAUACUGUGCGGAUUUCCACCCGAGGAGAGGGCCUGGGGAGGCCAUGGUGCACCACUGCACAGGGCUGUCCCGAUACCUCACCCAGCAAGCAGUCCUGGACUUGGGCGCUGCCGGCUUGCCCACUCUCUGCCUUAGGCUCCCAGGGGAAUCCCAGACAGCAAACUGAGACGCUGGCUUCCAACAGCAGAGCUCCGUGUUCAAAAGAUGCAUCUUUUCCCUAUCCGCUUUGCUACUGUGUGUUGUCUUUAAGAUUGUUUUUGUUUUUGUUUUUUUGGGGUUUUUUUGGUCCCUCUCAUUCAAGCAGAAGUACGUGCCAACAGUUAUUUGUCCAGAGGAAAACUACUGGGGGCUGGGGGGUGGAAGGAAGGGAGAUCUGUAUCAUCAUUUAAUUCAUCAUCAGGUCUUGCUAAUCUCUCACAAGCAUCUUUGUCCCACAAGUGCUAAGGAAAAAAAAGUGCAAACGUCCCUGUAGUGAACAUCAGGACUGUCCCAUUUGGGGAGCGUGCACCCAGAGAGGAUGCUGCCUUUCAGCCACCUCCUUCCUGGGCAGUUCCAACCUCCCCCGCACCUGGCACAACCAGUCAUUCCCUUCGCUUUGCCAUCACAAGCCACGAAGUGGAAGCUCUGCCUCACUCAUGCCAUGUCCAGGCCUAUCUGAAACAAGGUCUCAUUGAGAAUUCGAGACUCUUCCCUGGACUUACGGACAGUCUCCCCACUCUGAAGGGGGGUGGAACUUGAGAACGCCUACCAUUGGCUUAACUUUAGGGCACUGUCCAGAAUCCACAUGAUGUGGUUUAGCAAUGAUCAUGCGUCUUAUGGGGUUUGGGUAAAUGGAUUCUUGCAGACAAUAACCACGUGAGAAAUUGUCCCCAAAAUUUAUUUCCCAAAUAAAUAUUCAGCAAAAGUAAUAGAAUGGCCUUAAAAGUAAACAUGAUUAAAGAAUCACCUUGGGAAAAACAGGCAUAAAAAAAGCAGGGAUAAACUGAAUUUAGUGGACACAAGAGCUGACGCGAGCUCCACAUUCCUGGUCUCAAAUGCAUGACUAUGUGGAGUGUGUUUAUAAAGACAAAUGGAAUGGAAUUUCACACAAUGAAUUGAACAUUUACAACCUUUCUUAAAUCUGUCCCUGAGACAUUCUGAAUCAAAGGAAGCAAAUCAUGGGAAGCAAGGGGAUAGUUUGACCGAAAUGUAUUAAGUGACUGCUUUCAGGAAGGCAGUUUCUUCUAACUUUAAUACUUAGAGCAACCCUCUUUGGUAGGUGUCCCCAUUUUUCAGAUUUGGAAACAGAGGGGGCCAAAGAGAUUAGUUUGCCCAAGUCACACCUUGAAACUAAGUCUAAUUGGAAAGCUUCACAAAAGCCUCACUCCAUGUUUGUUUCAACUUCUACAUUCUUUCGCUGCUACGCACAUUCCCAGAUCUGAUUAGCUGCUGAGAUGUGUGUUAUGAUCCCUUCCUGACGGGGGUCUACCUAUCUUCCAGUGAUACUCCCUGCUGAUGCUGUGUAUGUGUUACCCAACAGAAAUGACUCUUUGGAAAUUAAGUCUUUGGAUUUUUUUUCUGUUGGUGUGACUCAAAGCAGACAAAUACAAAUUUUAAAAACACAACAAAAAAAGAUCUGAGUUCCAAAUAGAAUGUUUUCUUUAAGAGGCAUGAAAAGCAACUAUUGUUGUGUUACAGUGUUAAAAUAUUCAGUUUUCUUUGACAAAAAUGUGUAAACUGUGUAAGCCUUGCAAAAAAAAAAAAAAAAAAAAAAAAAAAAAAAAAAAAAAAAAGAAGAAGAAGCCUGCUCUAUGGCAUUUGAAAUUUUAUAAAGGUUUCCUUGUGCCAAAUAAGUGCAAAUAUUUAAUUUACUAUUAAAAACCAUAAGUAUAUGUUAUAGUUUCAGAAGAAUUAUUUUGUCAUCAAGUGAUUUUGAUCUUCAGUGUCAAUAUUUAUAUUUAGAUUAAUUUUUAUAAAUGAAAAUAUUUUAAUGGUUUAAGAAAAUGAGGACAAUAGGACCAUAUCUUUGAUGACUUCUGAAAAUUAUGCUUGCCUUCAUGUUAUAUGCACAUUGCCAAGAAUUACUGUCAAGAGAAAUGAUAAAGAAGUAAAAGUCAUUUACGAAAAUAA